AUGGCAUUCUCGUUUUACUCCACGCCACAGCCACAGCCACAGCAACAGCAACAGCAGCAGUCGCUGUUUCAAACUCAGCAGCCCUCACAGUUGUUUCAGCAAAGCAGUCCCUUUUUCUCACAACAACAACAGCAACAGCCGCAGCAGCAAUUUCAGCCACAGCCGCUUCAAUUUCAGCAACAGCAGCAGCAACAACAGCAACAGCAGCAGCAGCAGCAGCAGCAGCAGCAGCAGCAGCAGAUGUUUUUGUUUACGAAUGACAAGGCUCCGGCGAGUUAUAGUACCAAGUGGGCUGAUCUCCAUCCCGAUUCCCAGAAAAUUCUUCUUCAGAUUGAGGAACGGAUACUGGGGCAUAGGGAUGAGAGUCAGAGGCUGGAUCAAUGUAGUCGUCUCUACGAUUCUUCAGUUUCAAAUGAUACUUUUGAGCAUGAUGCCAGUCGUAUCCUUCAGGAACUUGGGGGAAUUGGUACUGCCAUGGACCGACAGAAAGCUCUUCUGCAUGAGUUGAUGGCUAUUGUGAAAGAUAUGUUACGGAACAGCGAGGUUGCUGUUCGUACUUUCAUGAUUUUACGCCCACGGUUUCUUCAUCCAAAUACAGGAGGUACUUCAAAUGCCAUUGCACCGUCACAGGCUUCUGGAGCAACCGUACCACCUGGUUCAAGUAGUCAACCAACAGCUACUUCUAUAGUGCCAGUUUUUGAUUUCUACAACGGGCUUCCAAGGAAACCGUCUCCCUUCCUACAGCAAACAAUUGCAAGAUUUGAGAAGUAUCUUGUUGAGUGUCGUCAGUGGAUUGAAGAAUUAGAGCAGCUUCUUUUAGCCUCAGAGAGGAAUUCUGCCAAUGAUGGCUCUUCAUUGUUGCAGUCUCUUCCAAAAGUCAUGUCAAAUGUGCAUGACUUUUUUGUUCACGUGGCAGCUAAGGUGGAGAGUAUUCACCAGUACAUUGUAUCCAUGAAAUCAGCUUAUCUUGCUAACCAGCGCCGCCUAGGGGAUGGGAAUGAUCCAUUUCUUGAGGCUGAUCGCCGGGAAACAGCUAGGCAAGAAGCUGCUGCUAAGAGGGUGCAUCCAACUUUGCAUUUACCUGCAACUUCACAACCAUCAACACAAGUUGCUGGAUUGUUUGCCAGUUCAGGAACUCAGGGGGCAUCACCUGCCCCCCAGAUAUCUACAGCUACUAUUACAGCUUCCUCCGGGAGUGGACUCUCACUUUUCAGCACCCCUUCUGCUCCAUCUUCUUCCAUGUCUUCCUCUCUGUUUGCUACACCAAUCACUUCUGGUCCUAUAUCUUCUCUUUUUGGAUCAUCCUCCGCUACGCCUCAGACAUCACUGUUUAGUUCUUCCUCAGCAUCUUUGUUUGGAGCUGCUUCAACUCCCUCUCUGCUAGGAAAUACUGCUCCAGCCUUCGGUUCAACUCCUAUUGGAAGCUCAUUCUUUGCUUCAGGUGCUUCUGCAACAGGGUUGGGGUCUAGCUUUACUUCAUCGAAAUCAGCAAAACCAAAAGGUCGGGCUGUCCGACGUUAG